AUGGCGGAAAAAUUGUCUUCCAUUGAUCCGCCAUCUCACAAGGAAAUGACGGCUUACCAAGAAAUACUUGGAUUGUUGGACGUGACAAAGAAACCUCGAGUGGAAUAUCCGACAGUUGUUACCGCGCGGAAUGUAACGGAGUCACUGCUCGUGUUUACAACAACAGAAUUUUUCGCAACUACGACAUCCUUGCCGUAUUUUAUUAAAGAACCAUCAACCACCGUUUCGACAAUUGCGGGACAAGAAUCUCCAGAAGCGACUGAGUACGAGUUCAUAACGGCUUCUGACUUUGAGUACUACGGCGAAGAUUACGACACGCAUGAUUACACGGGAAUAUAUGAGGAUUACGAGGAUGAAGGAAACGUCACAUCCUGGCAUGAUUAUACGGAAAAAACUACGACUGCUAUGAAGGAAAGAAUCGCAACUGGCGUCGUAUCGGAAAUUAUUUUUGAAGAAACAACACGCAGCGUGGCGGAAAUCGAAACGUCUACAGAGACAUUAAUUUGGCAUACAACAGUUGAAUAUCCGUUUACUGUUAGUACAUUAAUUGAAAUGACAACUGCGGUGAUAAUUUCUGAAAUUUUGGAAACUGCAUCGGUGACAGAGUCGCCGAGUGCUUUUAUCGUAACGAUGCCAACUACGCUGCUAUUUUAUACAGAAUCAACGACUCUUUCCAUCGAUGAGGAUGCGAUAUUAUUUAAUGAAAUCACGACUGAGAAAGCAGUUACGAUAUCAACUAUCGUAUAUCCUACUGAAAUAACCGAGAUAUCCGGCGUAAUUCCGAUAACUGAAAAAUUUAUAACCGAAUCUGCCAUGCUGUUGACUCCGCUUUUGGAAGGCAUGACAGAUAUUACUUUGAGAAUUACGAUUCCUGCAGUUACUAAAAUAUCAAUCAAAGAGACGACUGAAAAAGAAACAAUAAUUACAUCAGCGACAUUGGCAAUGGAAUUAACACGAAGUCUUCUUACUGAAACGAGCACAUCUUUAUAUACACUUUCAACUGCGACAUUAGAAACGACCGUAGAAACAAAAUCGACCGUUCAAGUUACAACUCCUACCGUAGCUUUAAAACCUCCGGCAAUUACAGAAAGACCGCAGACUACAACGUCGAUAGGCGAAACUAUUUCUGUAACCGAAAGAGCCAUUAUAGUAACAACGAUAAAAUCUACAACUGCUUUGAGUGGCCGUACAACUUUGCACGAAGCGAGUAAGAUUACGUAUAUAACGAGAAUAGAAACGGAAAUGGAAGACGUGACGCCGUUUUCGACGCGAAUUGUAACAUUCGCAACUCACGUCCCAACGAAUGCUACAAAAAUGGAAGAAAAAAUUACUUCAGUUGUCAAAGAGAAUAAAACCACAUCUAUAAAAGAAGUGACUAGUGGAACUAUUCCGAAAGAACUGAAAACUGCCAUUACAGAAGUACUCACUACGAUUAAUGUAACUGCAAAGACUGAGAGUACGAUUAAAACCUCGACAAUUACAAGCGAAAUUAUUACUACAAGAUCUGCCACACCAACAAGCGUAAGCUCACUUACAAUUUCAGAAAAAACAGAAACGAUUUCAAGCACGGAAGCUGAAGUAACCGCUUCGACACCGGAGGAAGAGAGUCCGGUUACGCAGAUUGAAAAAACUAUAACUGCGGACGAAAUGACAGCUACAGAAACCCCAACAAUCACCGAGAUUCCAACAACCACCGAAAUUUCAACAACAAUAAAAACCACUGCAACUACCGAAACUAUUGAAAUUUCAACGACUGGAAAAAGUACAACAAUUACCAAAAUUCUAACGUCUAUUGAAACACCGACAGUUACCAAAACUUCAACAGUUGCAGCAAAAACUAGUAAAGUCCCAAUAACUACAACAAUUAUCAGAACCUUAAUGCCUAGAAAUCUAACAACUGCCAAAAUUCUAACAACUGAACAACCUACUAAAGCUCUAACUACUAUCAAACCUUCGGUAACUACUAAAAUUCCAACAACUAUAGAAACUACGACAAUUACAAGAAUAUUAAUACCUACAAAUGUAACAACUACUGAAAUUUCGACAACCGAAACUUUAACGCCAACUGAAACUCCAACAAUUACCGAACUUUCGACAACUACUGAAAUUUCAACGACUAUUAAAAGUACAAUAAUUACAAAAACAUUAAUGCCUACAAAUGUAACAACUACCGAAAUUUCGACAACCGAAACUUUAACGCCAACUGAAACUCCAACAAUUACCGAACUUUCGACAACUACUGAAAUUUCAACGACUAUUAAAAGUACAAUAAUUACAAAAACAUUAAUGCCUACAAAUGUAACAACUACCGAAAUUUCGACAACCGAAACUUUAACGCCAACUAAAAUUCCAACGAUCACCGAACUUUCAACAACUACUGAAAUUCCAACAACUAUAGAAACUACGAUAAUUACAAGAACAUUAAUACCUACAAAUGUAACAACUACCGAAAUUUCGACAACUGAAACUUUAACGCCAACAGAAACUUCAACGAUUACCGAACUUUCGACAACUACUGAAAUUUCAACUACUAUUGAAAGUACAAUAAUUAGUGAAACAUCAACAACUAGCAAAUAUCCAACAAUUACAAAAAUUGCUACAAUCACCGAAAGUGAAACAUAUAUCGAAACAACAACCACAACAAUCGAAAUUCUAACGCCUACUAAAACAACUACCGAAUCUCCAAAGAUCAGCGAAAUAUCGACUACCAGCGAAACUCCAAUAAUUACAGAAACUGCAAUAACCAAAACUCCAACACCUACCGAAAUUUUAACAAUUAUUAGCACUCCAACAAUUACCGAAACGCCGAUAAUUAUUCAAACUUCACCAAUGGCUAAAACUCAAACAAUUAUCGAAAUUCCAGUGACCACCGAAAGUUCAACGAUUAUGGAAACUCCGACAAUAACGAGCAUUUAUAUUACGACGUCUUUUUCAAUUGAAAGUACAAUAUCAACCGUGACAACAAAGUUUCCAACAAAAGAAUUUACAUCAAUCACGCCCACGAUUUUUACCACAAUCGCGAGCACCUCAGCUUUUUCGAUAACACCUGUUACAACGGUUUCUUUUAAAACCACAGUUCCCGUUAUGUCAUUAGAAUCAACAACGACAACGCUAUCACCGCUAAUUGCGAAUAUAACGUUAAGCGAAACGCCGUGUACUACGAUUUCUUCUACAUUCUUUAAAACAACGAAAGAAUUAUUAACCUCUACAGCAGUAUCUACGACUGAAAUGGUCCUCACCACAUCAUCUAUCUUGGAGAAUGCGACGGUUUUUAGUACAAAUAUUAGUACGAUCACAACGGAGAUUUAUGAAAGUACAAUAACGACGCCUUCUCUCACGAAAAUUCCAAUCGCGACACCCAUCGUGAUAGCCACCGAGACAACUUCUUAUGAAACUACUCCUACCGUAAUUUCCACAACUCUUUCAACGCAGAUUACUGAAAGUACGAUGCCCACAAGUACAAUAUCUCCAUUAGAAACAUAUGAAGCAAGCACGGAAGAAGAGACAACGAUGAUUUCGACUACAAUUGAGUUUACAAAAGAAGAACGUACAAAUUGGACUACUAUCGAAAAAAUCACUAUAAUAUCGACAGCCAUUUUUUCUACUGAAAAAAGCACAACAUCGACAACAGAGACGAGCAUCAGUUUAGUGCCAGCAAUAACGAUUUCCGCAACUUUGCCAGAAAUUACUACAGAAACUGUGGAGACAAGUUUAAUAACAACGAUUGCUGUAGCAUUGUCGACUACUGAAAAACCAGAAUAUAUGACGACGACGGAAGUUACUGUGACAUUUACCCCAUUUUUCGAAUUGCCGGAGACAGAAGAGUUUACAACUGAAAGUCUAGUAUAUACUACAGAAAGUUCUACAACACUAUUUACCGAAAUAACAACUCCUCUCGCUAUUUCGACUUCGGCAGCAAGCGCUGAAAGAAUGCCGGAAAUCGAAACAGAAUAUUACAUAGCGCAGGGGCCGCAAUAUGAAGAAUAUGAAGACUACGAUAAGGAAAUACCGACAGGCGAGUGGUUCGAUUAUGAAGAGUACGAAACUACGACGAAGGAAGAAAUUUUGAGCACAGUAAAAUAUACGAAAGCAGAAGAAGGAUCCACGAGUCCGUUUUAUGAGAAAGUUACGACGGUGUCUUUGUACGAAACCAAGAUUUCCAAGUUUACAACGUACUCGACGAGCGCUGCUUACACCUUGAAUAUUUCAAGCACGCCUUAUACAUACGUUGAAGAAGAAGUUACUUCUACCUUGAAAACGUCAAUUAUUGCUGAAAAUACGACGACGAGCGAAGUGGAAACCGAAUCCACGGCAUCAAUCGCGAGCGAAGUGGAAAAGUCAACGACAAGCCCGACUUUCGGCUCCACCGAAGAGUACAGUCUUCCCUCUUCCACGGUGUUUGAAAUUACGACGAAACCUUUACCGCUUGAAUAUCCAACAGUCUCUCCCGAGUACACAGAGAGUACAGAAUCCACGUUAGAGUCUUCGACAGAAACGACGCGUAAUUUGACUCUGCCGAAAUUCGUGACGAAACCUAAAGAGAUUCCGGAGAUCGAGAGAAUUACGACUUCGGAGCGAAUUUUGACGGAGACUAGAGUUACUGUGGAAACUUCCUUCUUCGUCUCGUCCUUGCUGACUACGUUAUCGGAAAAGGAAGCCGUCGAAGUGCACGUAACAAUCGCAAGUCCCGCAUCUCGGGAAACUGCCAUUGAAACCGGAUAUGAAAGCACCACUCGGGCAACAACGGCGAUGCUAAUUACGGAAGAAGAAUAUAUCACGCCGUUUAUCGCUUCCGAAACUAAAUUUGAAUUUAUUACGACGAGUGUCGCACAGAGAGAUCAGUUGCUACAACAGCUCGAUCGCCUCAAGGAACACGAGAGAGAAAUGGCAGAGAGAGAAGAAAGACUAAAAGAGAGAGAACGACAGUGGGACAGAGAAAAGGAAGAACGCUCGCAAAUGAUACGCGAAAAAGGAGAAAUGGAGAAUAUUACUAGCACAAUCGCCGGCUACGUCACGACUGCUGUUACUAAUCUGACAACUCUCAUCCAUAUUGUUAGCACAGAAAAUUUAACUGCAUCGACUUCUACAGAGAUUGAGAUCUCGUCUGCUCUCGCCACGAUAAGUUUACCUGAAAUUAUUACGAUUUCAACUCCAUUUUACAGUACAGAGGAAAUUACACCUGCAACAUAUACUGCGGAGAUAAUAGAGCAAAUAACUACAGAAGAAAGCACGACAUACGUCACAACGGAGACAGAAGAACUAGCUGUACUUUAUACUACAGAAAGAAGCACGUACAUUACAGAAGAGCUGGAGAAAACGCGUGUUACGGAUUACAUAAUUUUUACGCCGUAUAUCACUACAUCAAUUACGGAUUUAUAUGGAAUCAGCAUAACUUCGAUCGAAGCCACUACUCCGUAUUCUAUCGAGGAAACGUACACAAGUUAUGGAACAAUUUACGUGAGUGAACCUUCAUUCACGUCGCCAGCAUUGUUGUUUACCAGCACAACUACUUUGGCUAUUAGCACAGAAACAGAAUACGAGGAGAUAGAAAGGUUGAAGGAAGAAUUGCGCAAGAGAGAACAAUUCGAAGAAGAAAUGAUUGACAGAUCAUCCAUGAAAUCGACUGUGCCGACGAGUUUGUCCACGCCGGUGCCACCGAUUGAAAAGACCACCGCAAAACUCGAAGUAACAACGCUCGCUAUAACCGAAAAGAAAGAAAAUCGCACCACAACAUCUCGAUAUAAAACUACGAAAGUGGAAGGCGUCGAAGAAAAAGCGACCACGCCAUUGGAAGAAGAGAAAAUCGUGACAAAAAGGAUAUGCUUAAAUGUUUUGGAGAAUACGACGAUUCCUUCGGAUAAAAUAAGAAGAGGUAUUGUCACUAAAAAGAUUUGCCUGCCAUAUUUUCCUGAGAAAAAUGAGAAGGAGAAGCCAGUCGUUAAUAUUUCAAGUCAAAAAGCCACAACUGCAAUAGCCGAAAAGAAGGAAUUAAAUAGCGACGAGGACGAAUUCUACACGGUAAAUGUAGUGCAACUCGACUACAAUGAAAACGAAGAGACGCAUAAAGUAAUAUCUGCUAAACCUGAUGAGAAUGAUUUAACAGUAAUUACAAUUACAACACCAUACUAUGAGCUUGAAGAAGAAGCGGAUCUAAAAGAGGACGAUGAACUUUCAGAGGAAACAGAAAAAAAAAUAGAAGAAGAAAAUGAUGAUAUCGAAGACAUGAUAGACAAUUAUAUGAAUUACGAAGAGCGCGAGACGUCAACUCUGACAUACGAUACGAAAUUCUUAGAUAAAGAUAAAAACAAAAGAAUGACGGAAGGCAAAGCAGAAUUGUUAGAUCAAAUAUGGCCCACGGAAAAAAUCACGUCAUACCACUUGGGUGGUACAAGAUUUUGGGAACUGGACUUCAAAGUUACGGAAACAUCAUUACUAAAACAACGUGUUUCCAUGUCAUUCUAA